CCACGGAAAAGUAGUACGCUGUAAGUUUUCAUUUCACAGAAUCGUUGACUCGCAGUUCUCGUUUAUGUCAUACAAAAUUUCGCGACGAUUGUGCACAGACGGCUCGAUACGCGUCCAGGAACCGAUAAAUUAAUUCGAGGAUCAGCAUACAGACGAAUCAGAGACCUACGCGUUUCUUAUUUUGUCCCGACUGAAUUUCGGACGUCAGGGUGCGCAGAGGCCUGUGCGCAUCGUUGGACCGAAACACAGUGAGCGGAUCAGUGGGAGAGUCGAGAGUGUAAUGUCUGAUAAGACGAGCGAUGGACAGCCGUGAGAGUGCAUGAUCGUAUUUUCAAUUUUGACAGAUACACGGCGAUCUGACUGAAAACGCGCGUACAGUAUCGGCUAGUAACACUGUGAACGCGUUCGAAUAUGUACAGUUCGACGUACCAUUAAUCGAAGUGGCCCGACCGAGGGGACUGAUUCACAAAAUCGCACGAACAGAAAAAAAGUACAAGUGGUCGGUGGUGUGUACGGACGUGUGUGCGCGCGUUGUAUCGUGAACACUACGUGUUCGGUGUACUAUAGAGUGAGACUGGCGUAACAGCGAGGGAAUCUCGCCUUCGUCAAAAGGAAUCGAGAGUCGACCGCAUAUCUGUUUUGAACUUUUUUCUGCUGGCGAACAAAGGCUGAUUUCGGUGCUGCCUUUGGAGGAGGCUAGAUAUAGAGUAUUGCCUCUCCUUUUCCCUCUCUUUCGUUCUUGCCCCCGAGGGACGAGGAAGAAGAAUGGAGGCGAUAGCAAAGCACGAUUUUACGGCGACCGCCGAGGAUGAGCUUAGCUUUCGUAGAAGCCAAAUCCUUAAGAUUCUAAACAUGGAAGAUGAUAUGAACUGGUACAGAGCUGAGUUAGAUUCGAGGGAGGGUCUCAUUCCGAGUAACUAUAUAGAAAUGAAGAACCACGAUUGGUAUUAUGGGAGGAUAACGAGAGCAGAUGCUGAGAGAUUGUUGAUGAACAAACAUGAAGGGGCCUUUCUGAUCAGGAUUAGUGAAAGUUCCCCUGGUGACUUUUCGUUAUCGGUCAAGUGUUCGGACGGUGUCCAACAUUUCAAGGUACUGAGAGACGCUCAAGGUAAAUUCUUCCUAUGGGUGGUGAAAUUUAACAGCCUUAACGAAUUAGUGGAGUACCACCGCACGGCCUCAGUCUCUCGCUCUCAAGAUGUAAAAUUGAGGGACAUGGUGCCAGAAGAGUGUCUGGUACAGGCGUUAUACGACUUCCAACCUCAAGAACCUGGCGAACUCGAGUUCAAACGGGGCGAUGUAAUCACUGUCACUGACCGCACGGACCAACACUGGUGGCACGGAGAAAUUGGUAAUAGACGAGGCCUAUUUCCGUCUACAUAUGUCACUCCAUAUCACUCCUAGACCUCAUGUUAUGCACACAGAGGCCAAAGGCAUCGGCCGCAUUAUCCCACCACUAUUACGUACAGGAUCAGACUUACUGCAGAACUAAUCAACAACAUUCUACAAAUUUCACCCAUCGAAUGGGCUACCAGGAUGUAUUUAUGGUCUAGACGCAGAGUUGUUUAAAAACAGAUUUCAGAGCCUUGAUGAAAAAGAAUUACGUGAUUAGUAAUUUAUAUAAAUAAACGUAGAGUUCUAUGAUAAUAGCAUGUGACAUGGUAACGUGAUCGUUUCGUUAUCAUUGGAUACGAAUAUCUUUCACUGAGUUUGAUAUUAAUGUUAUGACGAAUGUUGAGCAACUCUGGACAUACAUCGCGAACUUUAUACGAGAAACGUUAUAUUCGAUUCGUUUAGCGUUUGUGUCUGUAAGAGAGUAGAUUGAAAGUAAAUCUACUUAGAGUACUCCCUACAUUUUUUGGUAGCUCAUCGAUGGAUGUACGUUUAAAGGCAUAACAUUAACCAUAUACAUCAGUCGCAUUAAAGGACUUCUAUCGGUAAUGGAAUUAACGACCAGAUUUCGAUAAAAUUUGGUGCAAUUUAUUGUAUCAUCGAUGGAACUCCUUUAAACAGGAACGCGUACUGUAUCGAGAGAUCAGGCUUAUAAGUGGGCUGACGUAAACACUGUAUUUUUCAAUACGAAUUUGUUGUUCGAAGAAUCGGGGACCUUGGUGAUAAAGAGCCUAGUAAACUAUCAAUACGCGAAAUACAAGAACUUUAUAUAGAUAUAGCAUUAAAACGCGUCGCCUUUUGGCAUAAAAUGCACACUUUCUGCCUCUAUGUUGUGAAUAUUUUUACAAAUACUUGAAGAGCCUAUAACUCUUCCAGCGGUUAAGAUACGUCUGAUAUUAUUACGUCAGAUAUACUUGCUGUGUAACAUAUAUAGACAUGUACUAUUCAACUGUAAUUUGACAUCUUCCGAGAUGAAUCUUUCUCAAGUAUUAGCAAAGGGAAUAACAGCGGCGCGGACGAGCCGCUUCUAUCUUUGAAAUUGUUUCAACCGUUUGUAACAAACGGUAGGAAGAGAACAAACUUUAUUUUUACCAUUGCCGAGUAUGCUACGAAACAUAAUUUUCUUUUUCAAACAUCGUGUUUCCUCUCCUACAGCUUUUACUGACGAAGGAAAGCAAACGAGAACGCAAGUUUCUUUUACACAAACGUGGUACAUACGUAUUCAUAUUGAAACUGAACAUACAACGACUGAUUUAUCCUUCGUAAUUUAAGAAGCAUUAGUGAAUGAAAGGAACGUAGAGAAUUAGGAUAAAUGUACAAAUUUUUGCACGAGAAAUUCGUUCGGUUUCACGGUAUGUAUCUGUACUCGUCUUCGUAAAUGACAAUUUUAUGUUCCGCAAAUGCAUUUCUCCGACAUGCCAAAAAGCGAUAUGAUAUAUAAUAGGAAAUCGGCCGUGCAAAAAUAGACUUAACUCUUAAACGAAUGGUAUGUAUAACGUUUUUGUCCGAAAAAAAGAUCUAUUAAUUUUGAAAAAGAUCGUGAAUUCAUGUAUAUUUUUUAAAUACUUCUCAUCUGAUUGAUUUCGACAAUCUUGCUUUCUUAUUUCCGUGUAAACAAUAAUGAUAUAUAGUCUUAUUGUGUAAUUAUUAUUCGUUAUGUUUACAUUUUAUUGAUAACAAUAUAUUAUAUUAAUUAUAUAUUUGCAUGCGUUAUUUACUUAUGCCCAUCUAUCAUAUUUAAUUACCAUUUUUCUUAUACAACUUUUUAUAUCGAAGUUAAUGUUUGCUUGUGUAACUGCUUUGCAACCACUACAUUGGCAAAUAAUGUACGCUUAUUCAUGUAUUGUCAUCACAUCAAAUAAGUAUUAAAAAAAAGAAAGUUCUGUAAAAGUUGUUUUUUAAAAGCAAACGGAAGCAGGAUAAUAAUUCUUAUCAGAAGAAAGGUCUUUUUACAAACUGAUUCCUUUAUCGUUAGCUAUUUUCGAGCUUAAUUGCUAUUUUAUUGUAUAGUUCCUGUUAAGUAGUUGAUAAAAUUCGAAAAAGCUUCAACGUAAAAUAUAAAUAGAGAUUACAUUUAUUGCAUAGCGUUUCCUUUUUAUGAAGUUGAAUUUGAAGAUAUAGUUCGAUCUUUUUAGAACUCAAGUUUAUCGACCUUACUCUAGUUUUAUAGUUAGUGUUACCGAGAGUACCAAUAUAGUAUAGUUGAUCUUUGUAAAAACUUUUUGAACUCGACAGCGUAGAAGGAGAGUAUUACAUAGUAUACAAAUUCACUUCUUUCUGUACUUAAAACAAAAGUAUAGUGAUAAUAGAGAACCUUUUGUACACAAAUUAUUCUCCUCACUGUGCCAAUUUUUGUUGUCGUUACUUUCUCAUUUACACGCGAACAUUAUGUAAAUUUAGUUCUCACUGUAGUUUUUGUUAAAUGUCUGAAUAAACCCUCUAAGCAAAUAAAGCAAUAUACAUAUACAGUUGUUAGAAGCAUUGAAACUUUAUAUGUAGAAUUGCUUAAACAAAUUUGGAAUUGAGUUGUCCUGGGACAACAGUAUACCAUGAUAUAUCUGGACCAACAAAUGUAUAAUAAUGAGAUGUAAUAAAGUAUAUAUGUUUGAACAAAGUUCAUUUAAUAUUCUUGCUUUUAUUCAUUAACUCUGUAUAAAAUGAUUCUGCUUAUAUCUUAUUUUGUAUAGACAAUAAGCCGAGUAAAACGAAUUUAUAUAAUGAACUAAGUAUACUGUUGUAAGAAAAAGUAAUGCUAAUCAUUAUUUACUGCCUGAUGUAUAGCUAGUACCAAACUGAUAUUAUGUGAUUAUGAAAUACAUCUGUAGUAUAAUAAAGUAUUGCGGAA